AUGGACUAUCUACCAAUAAGCGCUACACGGCCUGCAGCUUCAAUCUUGACCCUGGCAUUCGCUUAUGGCGUACUGUACCUCGCAUUCCGCGUUAUUUAUCGCUUAUUCUUGCAUCCACUGUCAGCUUUUCCUGGCCCUCGCCUUGCCGGUGCUACGAGCCUCUGGAAAGCUUACUAUCAAUGCACAGAUUCUUUCGCGCACCAGCUGAUGAAACUGCAUGAAAUAUAUGGUCCUGUCGUUCGUAUUCGUCCCAACGAGCUCCACUUCAAAAGCACCGAUGCUUUUUUUGACAUCUAUAACAAUAAGAAUCGAUGGGACAAGGAUGCUGCAUUAUACCACUCGUUCGGCGAAGAUGAAUCUUCAUUCGGUUACAUCUCCCAUGUAGAGGCUAAAGAGCGCCGUGAUGUGCUCUCCAGGAUCUUCUCAGUCAAGGCGGUUGAAGAAGCUGAGCCUCUCAUACGCCUAAAGGUGAACAACUUUUGCGCCGCGCUGGCCCGGCAGAAUGCGGCUGGCAAACCUGCAGACCUUCUCUUUGCAUUCCGCUGCGUGACGAUGGAUGUUAUCACGUAUCUCUGCUUUGGGCAAUCAGGGAAUGCGGUUGAUGAACCAGAUUUCCACGAUCCGCUGAUAGAGGCGAUGCACAACUCUACUGCCCUAGUUCCUCUGUUUUUCCAUUUCAAAAUUAUCAGGAAGCUUAUAAUGGGUAUGCCACCAGAGAUGGCAAAAAAGUCAGCACCGGAGACCGCAGGUCUCAUCAACAUGCAGCAGCUCCUUAAGAAGCAAAUUGAUGGCCAUGUGAACGACCCCGAAACUUUAGAAGCCCUCCCUCAUAAGACAACAAUCUACCAUAUUCUGCUCGAUCCGAACUCCCAUAAAUCCCGAGGACCAGCUACCGCAAAAUCGCUUUACGAGGAGAGCCAGGCCUUGAUGUUUGGUGGUGGCGAUACAACAGCAAAUGUCGUCAUGAUUGGUGCUUUCUAUCUGCUUAAACGUCCAGACCUCAUAAAGAAGCUUAAGGACGAGUUAAAGGAGUAUUGGCCGGAGCUCGGACCUGGGAGAGAGCCGAAACUCAGUAUUUUGGAAGAAAUGCCCUUUUUUAACGCAGUGAUAAAGGAAUCUCUUCGCAUUGGACCAGGCCUUCCGAGUGGACUGCCUCGAAUUGUUCCUGCAGCAGGUGCGAUAAUUGAUGGAAAGAAAGUCGCAGGAGGCACUGUCGUGAGCACUAGUGCAUGGUUCGUGCACCACAACGCAUCUAUCUUUCCCGAGCCCGAUGUUUUCAAGCCUGAGCGUUGGCAAAGCGAACAGGCAAAAGAAUUAGAGAAGUACCUUGUUCCCUUCAGCAAGGGGACAAGAAUGUGCCUGGGGUUCAACCUGGGUUGGGCUGAACUGCGUAUGAUCUUUGCACAUACCUUUAGGAAGUUUGACUUGGAGUUGGCGGAUGAAAGGUAUGCACUUCUCAUUCCCUAUUCAUUUCCCUUAAGUGGAUUCAUCUACUGA